AUGAGCGUCAAGACCGUGGAGUUCAAGCCCUUCACUGACCAGAAGCCUGGAACCUCUGGUCUGCGCAAGAAGGUUACCGUCUUCCAGCAACCGCACUAUAGCGAGUCUUUCGUCGCAAGCAUCUUGCUUUCCAUCCCAGAGGGUGCCGAGGGUGCAUCGCUCGUUGUCGCCGGUGAUGGCCGAUAUUGGAACCCCGAGGUCAUCCAGCUGAUUGCGAAAAUCAGCGCCGCGUAUGGCGUCAAGAAGCUUGUGAUUGGCCGCGAUGGCAUUCUCUCAACCCCUGCUGCGAGCCAUGUUAUUCGGAAACGCAAGGCGACGGGCGGUAUCCUCCUGACCGCAAGUCACAACCCCGGUGGCCCCAAGAACGAUUUUGGCAUCAAGUACAACCUUUCCCAUGGCGGACCAGCACCCGAAUCCGUCACCAACAAAAUCUACGAGACGUCAAAAUCUCUGACGUCCUAUAAGUUGGCUGAUAUACCCGAUGUCGACAUUUCCACUGUUGGCACCAAGACAUAUGGAAACCUCGAAGUGGAGAUCAUCGAUAGCACGGCCGACUACGUAGACAUGCUGAAGGAGAUCUUCGACUUUGAUCUGAUCCGGAAGUUCUUCCAGACCCAUCCCGACUUCAAGGUCCUAUUCGACGGCCUGUCGGGCGUCACCGGCCCGUACGGCGUCGCCAUCUUCCAGAAGGAACUGGGUCUCGGUCCGGAAUCGACACAGAACUGCGAGCCGUCGCCCGAUUUCAACGGCGGCCAUCCCGACCCGAACCUGACCUACGCCCACAGCCUGGUCGAGUCGGUCGAGAAGAAGAGCAUCCCCUUCGGCGCGGCCUCUGACGGCGACGGAGAUCGCAACAUGAUCUACGGCGCCGGCGCUUUCGUGUCACCGGGAGAUAGCCUUGCCAUCAUCGCGCAUCAUGCCCGCCUUAUCCCCUACUUCAAGAAGAAUGGCGUCUACGGCCUGGCGCGCAGCAUGCCGACUUCUGGGGCAGUCGAUCUGGUUGCAAAGAAGCAAGGCCUCAACUGCUACGAGGUCCCGACUGGGUGGAAAUUCUUCUGCGCGCUGUUCGACGCGGACAAGCUGUCCAUCUGUGGCGAGGAGUCCUUCGGCACCGGCAGCAACCACAUCCGCGAGAAGGACGGCCUGUGGGCCAUCGUUGCGUGGCUCAACAUCAUCGCUGGGCUCGGCCUUGAGCACCCGGACAUCGCGCCGAGCAUCAAGCAGAUCCAAAAGGACUUCUGGAAGGAGUAUGGCAGGACCUUCUUCACCCGCCACGACUACGAGGAUGUCGACUCGGAGGGGGCGAACAAGAUAGUUGGCGUGCUGCAGGACUUGGUCGCCGACAAGAACUUUGUCGGCAGCAAGAUUGGAGACCGCACAGUUACGGACGCUGGCAACUUCUCGUACACGGACCUGGACGGCUCUGUUUCGAGCAAUCAGGGCCUGUAUGCGUGCUUCUCGUCGGGCAGCCGGGUCAUCGUCCGGCUGUCGGGCACUGGCUCCUCGGGUGCGACGGUGCGGCUGUACAUUGAGCAGCACAGUGACGACCCGGCCACGCACGACAUGGACGCCCAGGACUUCCUCGGGCCCGAGAUCAAGUUCGCCACCGGCCUGCUCAAGUUCAAGGAGUUCGUCGGCCGCGACGAGCCCGACGUCAAGACAUAG